AGUGUCCAAGAGAAAAAUCAAUUGGAAAUUGCUAAUUUAAAAUAUGAAAAUGAAUCAUUAAGAAAUCGUUUAAGAGACGUGGUCAAUUCUCCACUAUCGGAUGCGGAAAAACAUCAAAUUAUACAAGAUUCACAACGUUUGCAUAGUUCAGCACCAGCUUCUAUAGCAUUGCCCACAACAACAGACAAUGAUAAUGGUGGCACUCCAUGCCUUACACCCGACUGGGAUAAACACUCCUCGUCUAGUGAAAUAUCUGUAGCUUGUUUACAGGAUAAAAUCAUACAAAUGGAAGACCAUUACUCGACUAAUGAAGAAUUACAAGCUACACUCCAAGAAUUAGCCGAUUUACAAGUUCAACUUACCGAUGCUCAUGCCGAAAACGAACGUUUAGCCGAAGAAAAAGAUGUUCUUUUCCAAUCGUUAUGUCGACAAAGAAAACUUAAUGAAUCCCGUACACAAAUCAAUAAUCUACAAGAAUUGCUAUUAAGAGAUGCCAAACAAACGAGUGCUGCUGAAGAAGUAGCCAAUACGGAGCGUGAAAAGAAAUUGAUGGAUUUAAUAAAAAGUGCUCAAGAUGAACGUGAAGCGGUUUUAGUUAAACACGAAGAAUUAAAUGGUGAAAUACAGGAAAUGCGUCAAACGCAUGAAGCUCAAAAUCUAGAACAAUCACGUCUACGUGAACGUAUUGCUCUUUUAGAAUCUUCCAUAGAUGCUGAGCAUGCUCAACGCAAACAAAUGGAAACACAGCUAUUAAGCGCCAAAGAGGAAAUUUCCCAUGGUCUUAUCGAAAAUCGUUUAACUACUUUGCUAGAGAAUGCUAAAGCUAAAAUAGAAGAACUUGAACAAGAUUUGGCUCGAGGUGAUAAAACCGAUCUUAGUGAUCUUUUGGAUACAGCACGCAAAGAGAAAGAUGUUUUAGAAGAAAAAGUGGCCGAAUUGCAAGAUCAAUGGUCUCGCAGCCAGGCAGAGGCAAGACGCCUUAAAGAACAACUUACCGAUGUUACCGAAGAGCUUAAAGUCUCUAAAAAUAAUGCCAAAUGUGCUCUCUCACAUCUCGAAUAUCGUUUUGAACAAUUGCAACAGGAAAAAGACAAACUUACUUUGGAAAAUCAACAACUUUGUGAAACCUCCUCGGAGUUACAAGUACAAUGUAAAUGUCACUUGGAGGAUAAAACACAACUACAAAAUCUUUUAGCUGAAACACAAAAACAUCUCUCCGAAAUGGAACGUAAACUCAAUGAUACUCAAACACAAUUGGAAGAUUUGCAACAAUUACGCAAACAGGAGAUAGAAGAAUGGCAACAGUUCCAGUCGGAUCUAUUGAUGACGGUACGUGUGGCCAAUGAUUUUAAGACUGAAGCCUUAAGUGCUAGAGAACAAUUAGUUUUGGAUAAUAAAACCCAAAAGGAAAAGAUACGUAUGCUCGAGCAGCAAAUUGAAAAAUUAACCAAACAACAACAACAACAAACUGAAACCCAACAAUCUGUAUUAACAACCGUGCAACAGGAAAUGGCCUCUAGACGCAGUAAAAUUGGCAGCUUUUCAAGACAGGAUUCCAGACUGUCCGUUAAGACUUUAAUUGAAAGUAUAGAAAAUAAUAAACAGACUGCUAAAACCGAAGAACCAGAAUCUCGUUAUAGUUCUUCCUCCAGCUUAAAUAGUAGCACUACACCCGAAAUAACUACCAGUACUAUGCCUUUAAGCAAUACAAAUACCAAUACAACUGACUGGUCGGAAAAUGUUUCUCGCUUAACACCUUUGAUAGGCAGCUUAAAUACAACAACAACGACAACGGCAGCUUGUACACCAAAUACUACAAAUAAUACCACAACCACAUUGGUAUCCUCAUUGAAUACCAACACAACCAAAGGUCCUUUAAGGGAACAACAACAGCAGCAAUCAAAUAUACACAUUAGUAGUUUAAAUAAUGUCUCCAAAUCUUUAUUAAGUGGCGAACGUAAGGAUCCCUUAAAUAUGCUGGCCAAAAAUGGUGGUUCGAAGCGUAAUGCUUUAUUAAAAUGGUGUCAAAAUAAAACCGUAGGCUAUCGCAAUAUCGACAUCACAAAUUUCAGUUCAUCCUGGAAUGAUGGUUUAGCAUUUUGUGCAAUUUUACAUUCCUAUUUACCGGAUCGCAUUCCUUAUGAUACUUUAAGUCCAACCAAUAAACGACGUAACUUUUCUUUAGCAUUUGCCGCAGCCGAAUCGGUUGGCAUAACCACAACUUUGAAUAUAAAUGACAUGUGUCAAAUAGAACGUCCCGAUUGGACUCAAGUAAUGUCUUAUGUUACUGCUAUUUAUAAACAUUUUGAAACUUAAGUUUAAUUUAUUCAUACUUCUUCUCUAUUCAUAAACUUACUAUAUUUACCUUUAACCUUUAUAUAUUUAAAAAAAAACGUAAUAAUUAGUUUUAAUUUAAACGUAUAUAUUUAAA